CAACGCGCGAGUCUGAGCGGUUGGUCCAUUGGGGUGGACCACGUGCUUUUUGGAGUGGUGUCGCGAGGCGUCAGAACAUCUUGCUGCGACUCCUCUGUUUUGAAAGUAUCUGAUCCCACAACCAGCAUCAUGGAAGGUUUGACAGUAGUGACCAACCCCACAGUGAAUGUGCGCAUAACAAACACCAUCUCCUCCUUCGAGAUGACGCGCAGGUUCAAUAGAGGAAUUAGUAUAGCAGAACUAAAGGGAAAAUUGGAGAUGCUUGUGGGUGCAUCUCCCGCCUCCAUGGACCUGGAAUUGUUCAGCGUCUCUGACAUAUUCCUGCAGAAAAUGGAUGACAAUGAAGCUUUGCUGGGUUCCUAUUCUGUGGAUGAUAACUGCAGAAUACAUGUUAUUGAUAACAGUGGUCAGAUUAACGAGUUCACUGAUGUUUCCAAAGUGGAGAAGUUUGAACUACCAGAUGACGCCUAUGGAAAGAGACCAGACUCAAUGAGGUCGUUCAUGAAGAAACAGGGUGUCGGUCAAUUCAACGAGGAAGAACAGGCCAAGAAGAAAGCUGUCAUUGCUGCUCGGAACGACGAGCAGAAGGCUGCUGCUGAUGCUCUGUCUGUUGGCAACAGAUGCAAAGUGCAGGUCCCUGGACAACCCACCAAGCUUGCCACGGUCAUGUAUGUUGGUACAGCAGAUUUCAAGCCAGGCCACUGGGUUGGAGUGAAGUACGAUGAGCCUAUGGGAAAGCACGAUGGAACUGUUGCCGGGAAGAAAUACUUUCAGUGCGAGAACAAAUAUGGUGGAUUUGUGAAGCCGCUGAGUGUGAUUGUGGGAGACUUUCCUGAGGAGGUUUAUGAUUUUGAUGAGAUGUAGGACUGUUAUGUGACAAAAUAAAUUUAAGUGUGAAUCUCAAGAUGCUUCAUUCACCAACCAGAGAUUGUCAUCGUACUUUCUCUCUCUCGAGGGUAUAAUCUCAAGAGUCAAAAACGUUUUUUUGGUUUAAGUUCCCUCUCACUAACGCUGAUGCAACUGAUAGAUGUGAAUGUCAGGCAGUACAUCUCUGUGUGAUGAAUAUGGUAAUAGUUCAGGAUGUUUACACCCAACAUGGUUUGAUAAAGGAGGGGUUGUGUUGCAUAAAGGUUAUAUGUGGUUCUUCACUUCAUGCACUUCUGUUCAGUGUAGUUUAGUACUUUUUGCUUCCACACAUUCUCAACAUGGCAGUCUUAUAUGUAAUCUAAAAGUCUCUAUUGACAGUUCAGAUAACAACUUAAUUUCUCCACAUUUAAUUUGUAUCAGUUUUUUCAAACAUGGUUGUGUAUAACUCUAUAGUUAACUGUAGUCUUAGGAUUUUUUUGGAGAAUAUAAAUUGCUGAGUUAGUGGUCAAAGGAAAAACACCCCCUUAAUUACUUUGAAACUGAAAAAAGUGUGAUUGUACGUUGUAUUUCAGACUAACAUGAUAUCGCAUACCGAUCAAUGAUCAACAUCAGUGCUUAAUGGUCAAACUCAUUCCGCCAAAUUGUGCUCAUGUUUGACAGACAAUAAAUUGUUAAAAAAGAGGAAAGAACAAUAAGUCUCCACCAAGAUCUUUGUCCUUUUCAUUCAUUUUGUGCUUGUACUGUGUAAAACCCAAUGUGUGUUUCCAAGUGGAAAUAAUAUGUAAUUCCCUUUAACUGACAUGAGUUCCUCUUGUUAAACAUUAAAUAGUUUGCAGUUAAAUGUUUCCUGCUUAUAUUGAACCACUGGGAAUUGAUUUGCCUUGACAGAUGAGGCCCAAUCUUACAUA